AUGGCUGGUGGCGACGCUAAGAAGGGUGCCAACCUUUUCAAGACCCGCUGUGCUCAGUGCCAUACCGUCGAGAAGGGCGGUGCCAACAAGAUCGGUCCUGCUCUGCACGGCCUCUUCGGCCGCAAGACCGGCUCCGUCGAGGGCUACGCCUACACCGACGCCAACAAGGGCAAGGGCAUCACCUGGGAGGAGGACACCCUCUUCGCCUACCUCGAGAACCCCAAGAAGUACAUUCCCGGCACCAAGAUGGCCUUUGGCGGCCUCAAGAAGGAGAAGGACCGCAAGGACCUCAUUGCCUACCUCAAGGAGUCUACCGCAUAA